AUGGCGGUAAGUUAGGCUAACUCAAUUUCCCAACCCAGCUUAACAUUUUCAGAGUAACCGUGAACUCCCUCCAGCUGCAACAUCUCCAGGAGCUCCAGGAGCACCAGUUGCUCCACAAACAGUUCAACCAGUUGUCAAUAUCACACAACAACAACAACCAGCAACCGGUUCACUUCCAAUCAUUGAUCUACCUGAAGAUAUCAAAAAUUGCGCAUUUUAUCACGGUCGAAUUCCACGCGUCGAAGCGGAGCUCAGUUUGCGAACCGCCGGCGAUUAUUUAUUGAGAAAGGCGGAAGGAAUUGAGGGAAUUUAUUUGGUGGUUUCGGCGAGAAAUUCGAUGACCUAUUUUCAUUUUCCCGUUUCGCAGGAGAAAGAGACUUCCAAGUUUUAUUUGGAUUCGAUUAAAGAAGCGAGUGUUUUGGAUUUGUUGAAUGCUCAUGUGUAAGUUUGGGAGAUAGUGCGCUCCAUUGCGAAAAAUGGGGGGAUACAUAUUUUUGAAUUGUAUUUCCGAGUCUUUGUGUGCCUUUUCCGUAUAAACGGAAUUUAACAAUAUUCCCAUGAAUAUUUUCUCUUUCCUCGAAAUUUAUGAUCUUGUUUAGCUCAUUCGUUUUUUCGAUCCACAUGCAAAUAGCUUGGUGGUGUCCUGUAAGGUGCGAAUGCACCUGCUUCAAUUUGUCUUUCUGCGGUUCUGUGUUGAUUUUCAUAUGUUCUUUUUGAUCUUUCCGCACCUUCCUUGAUAUUCUUCUUGAUUAUUUCAUGGGUGUCUUUGAGCAAAUUUUCCAAUUUUGUCAGAUAUUCCUGUGGGUAUAUCUGACCAUUUCUAUUCAGCUCUGGAUGUGACGAUGAUGACUUCUCUGUUGCGGAGGCGCUGGAGAUAUUGUAUGGUUUUUAUGAGACCAUUUCUUUUGAAGAUCUCUGGGCACAGGGCAGUGUGGUCUCCACCUUGGUCACAGCUUCCACAUGGUGUUUUUGACAUCUGUUCCUACAGCUUUGCAAACAUUCCAAACAUCUUCCUUCCUCCCGUAUAAAUUUUCUUCGUUCUUCUAUUUCCACGCGUCGACAAUGUUCCGAUGGAUGUGAGUCUCCGCAGAAUUUGCAGAUAUGGGCGUUUCCUUGUAUAGUUAUUUUUCCUUUGUUCCCCAUAUUUUUGUGCUCGCUGAUUUUCUGCUCCAGCAGCUCCGUUACGUUGUUCUUCUCAAUCAUUUUUAUUUCUUUGUAUUUUAAUAGCAUCUUUAUUUCGUCAGGGAUUUUUGUUCGAAUUUUCCUUUUCCUUCUUCUUUCCUCUUCCUCUUCUUUCUUGUUCUUUCCCAACUGUCUGAUUGUUUCCGAUAGUUUUUUGAUAAUAUUUUCUUUCUUCUCCAGUUUUUUCAAUUUCCUCUGUUUUUGCUUCACUUCAUGUUUGGUGUUGUUUGAUUGUUCCAUUUCUGAAUAACUUUGGUAUCAAUUUCGGUGUUGUUUUUUCUUUGUUCGGUUUACAUUAGAACUAGGAUGAUGCCGCAAGUCUUUCUUCGAUUGUUCUGUGGGUUCUUUCCAUGGUGCCAUUACCAUUUUGUGGUAUGGUGCAGUUGUUGAAUGUUUUGUUUUGCACAGUUUCAAAGAUGUUUUGAAAGUUUCCGAAAGAUAUUGUUUUCCAUUGUCUGUCAGAGUUUCCAAUGGUGUUCCGAAUGUGAGGUGCGAAAGCGCCUCCUACUUCGGUCCUCAAAUAUGUUAUGAAGUGAUAUAUAUAUGUAUUUAUGAUAAAUAAUAAAGUAAUAUAAUAAACAAAGAAGGAUAAAACUAUAUGUUCACGAGCUCCAUGGUCGUCUGCUGGAGGGAGUGAGCUCUUGGUGGGCAGAGCCUGAGUGGAGCUGGAGGCGAAGUGUUGGGUUCAGUUGGGCGGAGCUUAAGUGGGUCCUGAGGUGAUGUGGUACUGUAGCUGUCCGCCUUACACGAACACGUUACACGCCCUCAUGCGGAUAUAAUAUGAGGUGCCGAUAGGCGGAACCUUUUUUCUUUGUGCUCCUCUAACGUUCUUAUGUAUUUGUCUUUUGAUUAAAAGUACUGUAGUCUAGAUACAGUUGUAUGUACAGUAAUCAUCACAUAUUUGGUUUGCUUCUACCAUUCUGAGGUCGUUUAUGGUCAUGUUUUUUAUGUCUGUGGAGAUUUCUAUUUUUUUUCUUUAAUUCCUUUUCGUCUUGUUCAGCUACAUAUAUUUUGGGUUUGGCAUUCUUCUGCAACUACUUCUCCGAUAUUGUUGAAUUUCUUAUUGAUUUGUUCCAUUGUUAUUUUUCUGUUCCGUGUCUCCGACUGUUUCUGCUUCUUUUUCACCAAACAUCAUCUUUGUGUGCAAAAAUAGUUUUUUCUCUUUUUCAAAGGAGAUAUUUGGUCAUUUGGCUGCGGUCACUCGAAACGGGCAAAUCAGUCAAUUUGUUGGGUGGUUCUGAUCUUCGAAUAAAAACUUCAUCUUCGGAUUCAAUUUCUAUGUUGGUUGGCAUAUGUUCUUUUUGAUCUAUCCGCACCUUCCCCACACUUGAUGUCUUCACAGGUUGCUAAGCAUUGGUUUUUUUUUAUACAAAGUACUGUAGUCUAGAUACAGUAAUCAUCAAAUAAACAUUGAAAAAUAAAAAAACAAGACAAAAUAAUUAAAACAAAACCCAGAAACCCACCCAAAACAAAAAAAAGUGUAAAAUUCUAUCCGUUUUGUUUUGGGUGUGGCUCAAUUGAGCUCACAACAACAGAUACAUAUUUCGCAAUAAAUCUUAUUAUUCUGUCGGUAUGCACGAGACUUUUUGUGUGAUAUCUUCUCUUUUUUGAGUUUAUUCGGAUUGAUGCAGGUUUUGAAGGAUUUGAGGGAUUUUUGAGAAUAUUUUGGACUUGGGAAAUGAGAUUUGUCGGGAUUUUUUUUUUUGAAAGUUUUUGAAAAACGAAUUUUUCUGAAUGAAUUCUGAAUAAUUUUUCAAAAAUCUGAUCAUUCACGCGUUUUCGUUUGAAAAUAAGGUUGUAAAAAUAACAAAAAUGUUCUGAAAAUUCACUAAAUUUUUCCAGAACCCAAGCAAUUCCCCUUUCAAAAACCUCUGGAUGCCUAAUAACUCGUGCUGUCCCCCGUCCACAAUGGCUCGUCAAACAUAGCAGUCUAAUCAUGUACAAAAAAUUGGGAGCCGGCGCUUUCGGCGAAGUUUUUCUGGCUCGGAUGGAAGAUCCAACAUCGGAAAUCAUGUUGGAUUGUGCUGUCAAAUCGAUGAAAUCUGAAGCGACUUCAGAAGCGAGACUUCGAUUUAUGAAAGAAUCGAGAAUGAUGCGAAAAUCGUAUCAACACAAGAAUGUUGUGAUGAUUUUGGGAAUUGCUGUUAUGCAUAAUCCAUUGUUGAUUAUUAUGGAAUUGUGUCCAAGUGAGUGGGGUUUUGAGAGAGGUUACUGAAAUUUGGAACAAAAUUUGGAACUUUUUGAAUAAUUAAUUAGAAGAGCUUGAAAUUCUGAACAGAGUGGUGCUAAAUUUUAAUUAUUCAAAAAUUCUGAAUUUCACUAGUAGUUUGAGGUUCUCCGAAACUUAAAUUUAGACCCUUUAAAAAAUUCAAAUCAGAUUUUCAAAAUUUUCUGAAUAUCAAAUUUGGUCUCAUUUUGAAGAGCUUGAAAAUAUCAACAAAAUGAGCCCGAAUUGGAUUUUUGAAAAAAAUCUGGAAGUUACUGAAAAUUGGGGUUAGAAUCGAGGCUAGAUUUCCCUUUCUAGAAAGGUUUGGGAUUUUCUGAAAGUUCUACUGAAACUUUAAAUUUUCCAAAGUUUUCUGGAAAUUGAGUUUGAAGCUUGAAAUUUUUUAGCAAAAGCUUCAAAAUUCCGGAAAAUCUGGAACUUUCUGAAAAUCAGUCGAAAAAAUCUGAAAUAAAAAAUUUAGUUUCAUUUUGAAGAACUCACGAUCUUCAAAAAAACUAGAGUCUAGUAUAGGGAACCCCCCUCCACGUCCAAAAAAAAUCAAACCUUUCUCCAGACGGCUCGCUCGUCUCCUAUCUUCGAAAAAACAAAGGCACAACAACAAUCCAAGAAAAAUUGCGAUUUGUAACCGAAGCUGCCUCAGGUCUCGCUUAUUUGGAAGCAAUGGGUUGUGUUCAUCGAGAUGUGGCUGCAAGAAAUUGUCUACUUUCAGCAACUAAUGAAAUUAAAAUAUCAGAUUUUGGCCUGGCUGAUGAUAGAUGUUUGAUGAUUGAUAACACUCUCGAAAAAAUGCCCAUCAAAUGGUUGGCGCCUGAAACGAUGCAGGAAAAGAUUUAUUCGCUGAAAUCGGAUAUUUGGGCAUUUGGUGUUUUGUGUUGGGAAACGUAUGCGGAUGGCGAGGAACCGUAUCCGGGAUUGACACCAAUUCAAACACGCGCCAAAAUUGUUGUGCAAGAUUAUCGAAUGAAAAUGGCGGAUGACACACAACCUGAAGUUGUCAAAAUUGUUGAACAGUGUUGGGAGAAAAAUGCGGAUAAACGAGGAACGAUGAGAGAACAUUUUGCGAGUUUGACCAAAUUGGUGACACCUCCUGUGGCGAUUAAUUAG